UCAUAUUACCAAAUUCAGAGAAAGAAAGAGCAAAGACAUGUCUUCAUUGAGGAAUCUAUUCAAAGAGUUGUCAAACAACCUUUACAACUUCUCAACACUGCUGUUCGCCCUUGUUGCAGCAAGAAACCACGACAUGUUCAUAAAACAUCACAGGGAGAUGAUGGUUCUGCUCUGGACCAGUGUUCUAUACUCCUUCUUGAUGAUUGUUGGGUCAAUACUUCAGACUCAUAAUACAACCCUUCUUCCAAUCAUAACUUGUAGCAUGUUUAUGGUGGGAGGUGUUGCUUCUUUUCUGGUCUUGAGUUUCUUCUCAUUAGUUGUUGCUAUUAUCACUUUGGUUUUCUGGGUUGUGAUCUUCACAUUGGUUGUUUAUACCUAUGUUGUUCCUCAGAGAAGCUCGUGAUGUUUGUUGCCUCUGCAGACAAAAACAGAGUACCCUGUCAAACUCUGUUCAAACUUGUUUAUGUCGUUGUUUUGAUAUUAUGCCUUGUUUGGUUUCUGGGUUUUUGUUUUAGAUUCUUGAGCUGGGAAAAAUUUGUACUUGAAUCCAAUACUUGGAUCUACAUGAAAUAGUAACUUUGUUGUUUU